GACCCAAAAGGCAAGAAGAUGAAGAGACAUGCCUCCCACAUAACAGACUGUGGGACGACGACCUUGUCAGCAUCUGGGGUGUUGCUACUGGAGAUGGAUUUGCAGGCAAUUAUUGGUGGCAGAAGUGUGGUAGAAACAGCUACCUCGGGACCGUUUUCCGAGAGCAUUGCUGACAGUGCAGCAGGGGAGAGUGUUUAUGCUGGACUGGUGCUGACAUCUGCAUCGCUGAUCGAGCCCUUCUUAAGUAAAGGACUUCCACAGGCCGAAGGUGUUUGUGGUCCCCAACUGAUUGCAGGUGCAGAAGCUCACAUUUUGCUUGAGGAUUUCAGCAGCAAUCAGCUUGGGCGGUCAGCCUCUGUCGACAGUGCUGGCGAGCCAGGACAGCAAUCACUGGCAUUCCCUGCUUGGAUGCCCAUGAAAGUUGUGGCUGUGGUAGGAAUAGCAGGAGCUGAGAAGGGGUUGGAGAAGCUGGUUGAGGCACGCGGAGAAGGAUGGGACGUGGGCUGGGCCCUACCGGUGGCUACGAUGGAGAGAAGUAAGAGGGCGAACGAGAUCGCGGGUGGGGGUCAUUCUACGGUGCCUGCCAUUUUUUCCAGUGGAGAAGGAGCCGGGUCUACGCUGGACAAACUUGGCCAUCACUCCCAGACGCCAUUCACGUGGAAGCCUCCGAGCAGCCAACCCAGUUAUGGUGAGGGCAGGGAUGUGAGGCCAAACAGUGCCAUAGGAUGGGAGAAGGAGGGCAAUGAGAUGAGGAUUGCCAUCCUUGGUUUUUCCAACAGUGAAGCACAUCGACAUCUGUUGCAUGAUGUCUCACAGCACCGACACCGGCUCUCUACUCAACUACGGAUGCCAGCAGGGAUUCAUCGAGCAAGCAAUGUGCGGCGAGGAGCACGAGUCACUGCUUGUGGGUCUCCCUUUGGGGUGCUGUCCCCCCAUCACUUCCAUAACAGUGCUGCUGAUGACGUCAACAGCUCCCCGAAGUACGAGCAGAUCUCGGCCAAUGCCGUUCGCUUCAAGCACCAGGAUGAGCAGCAAAGAUUGAAGCUCAUGGAGGAGCUCCAUGUGCUCGGGAAAAAUGCAGAACUGGCGUUUCUAGAAAAUUUUGCUGCCAGGAAUCAACAGCAAGAGCAACAUGAGGAGGAACAGGGGGAUAACAUGGAAUAUGGGGAGGAUGAAGGGGAAAGCACAAGUGGAGAGAAUCACUCCUUAAAGAGAAAAGACCUGUCAGGGGGGAGGGAGGGAUUAGGCAGGCAAGAAGGCCAAUCGCAGCAAGCUAAAAGGCAACAGAAGGGCACCGUAACUGAGAAUGCGGAGGUGAGCCGAACUGAGGGGUCAAAGGAUGGAGCAACACAAGGUAAGGAGGGAAAUACUCAAGCAACGGGAUCGGAUGUCAGAGGCCAGGAAAGCGAAUCCACAAAUGCAUCCCGGGGAACCACCACACCAAAGGCAUCCGUCAGUAUCAUUGAGGAAAGAGGGAAGCUCAUGCGUAAUGUUAAAAAUAUGACAGAGGAGGAAAUACAGCAGGCCGAGGAAGAUAAGAGGGAUUUUACUGCAGAUUCAGGGUCUGAGGACUCAUCAAGGGAAGAGGAUUGGAAGGAAGAAUCAGGGGAGGAGGUCAUGACGCUAGAGCGGUGGAUUCAGACGGUGGAACAACUGGAAUGGGGGCGAACGAUUGAAUGCGAGAUCAGACUGGCACAUCAUAAGCAUUUGAGGACUCGAAGCAGGCGGCUCAGAUUGCGGAAUAUAUCACCUUCGAAAACCGUUUUGAGUUGUUAAAAAGGGAAGGAGAGAAACGAAUUCUAUGCAGCUCAAUAUGCAAGAAGAACUCGCCCAGUCAAGAAAGACAUUCAAAUUCAGAACGAAGAAUAUGCCAAAAUCUUCCAAUGGUCGAAGACAUAUCAAAGCAAGAGUAGUAAAGGAGGCAACAUGAA